AGGGAAACGAACCAAACCGCAGAGAUAUAGCUAAGCUAAUCACUGUGUUCUCUGUUACUACUUUUGUGUGAAAUUCUGCAUCCCUUCGGCGCUCAAGGCUAUAUAACGUCCCCGUCGUGAACAGAGACAUACAAAUGUCGGCAGCCAAGAAUAAGCGCGACGGCGGUGAAGACAAUUCGUUCGAUGAACUUUGGAGUCACGUGGAAGAGACUUUGCGGCUCCAAUGUAAGGAUGAAAGCAUUUACUUUUCUGGUCAUGACCGCAGCCGAAUGGAGACGUCGGAACCGGCAGCUGCACGGAGCAGGCCGGUGAUCACAAGUCCAUCACCGCAGCAACGAGUCGACGGCGGCUUCGAGAAACAGCGUACGCGUGUCCCGGAGGGAUCUGGUGACCGGGCCCGAUCGGUGUUUAUCUUUCCCCCUUUUCUGUUACCUGAUGUAUUUAAUUUUGGGCGAUACUUGGCUGCUGUCUGGGUUGCAGCCCAUACCUAUUGACGUGGCACCAUAUCAUUGGUUCAAUGGAUAUUAUUAAACUUAUUUGGAUUAGGAAAGGACGGAAACCGGACGGAAACUAUUUCUUUUCUUGGACGGACGGAGAGCAGCUCUUUACAUUUUUUUAUUAUACUUUUUAUAUAUUUUUUAUUAAUUGAAAAGGAGAUAAUAAUAUUAAACACACAGAGUGCACUAGUACUUGUUUUCCAGCUUAACUAAUAUUGAGAGGAGUGAUAUAAUAUGCGGAGCAAGGUUGUCAAACCGGUUUAUACCGUUGUACCGGUUUGGCAAGUGGAAUGGUACGACCAGUGGUAUAACAUGUUUGUGCCGGUUCAUGCCGGUCUAAAAAUAUGUGAAAAUAAUUAAUAUCCAAUGUA